CUAAUCAGACAGAGGAUCACAACAAACGGAAAAUCUACGGCCGACUCUCUUAACGACAAUUCUCCGAGACAUAAUCCUAUUGCGACAAAAGAAAUAACCAAAACAAAAACCCCAAAUAAAUUCUCCUCGAAGGCACAAGAAACACCCGCUUAUGAAGACCCAACUCAUCCCCAAAAUCCAGAAUAUUAUAGAAAACCGAAAUUCACAGAACCGACCGGAGGUUCCAAUAAAAAAAAUAUAAAAUCGAGCAGCAGUUGUAGUCAAAAUGCAAUGGGAUUAUGA